UAUUUUCUCAUAUUCAUCAUCGACCUCUACCACUCUCGCUCCCUCGCUCUUCCUCUCUCCAUAAGAAAAAAACCGUCUCUCUUUACCAAUGUCUACGAGAUCGAAACCCUGACCCUAAGCCCAAUCCCAAGCCAUGUCUCUGAGGAAAGCCUUGCUCUCUCGGAAAUUCUCCAAAUCGUUUAGAGAAUUGAAAUUUCGAGACGAUGAUCAGGCGCGUGGUGGAGACCGCCGAGUCGCGCGCGGCGACUCGGCGGAGUUGGACCGAGUCGCGGACUGUGCUGACUCGUCGUCAUCGUCCUCGUGGUCGACUAUGCUCCCGGAGCUCCUCGGCGAGAUCAUACAGAGAGUGGAGAACAGCGAGGACAAGUGGCCUAACCGCCAAAACGUCGUCGCUUGCGCCUGUGUCUGCAAGCGGUGGAGGGAUAUUACCAAGCAGAUCGUGCGCUCGCCUUCCUACAGUGGCAAAAUUACCUUCCCUUCUUGCCUUAAACAGCCAGGACCAUGCGAUUUUCCCCAUCAAUGUCUAAUAAAACGAAACAAGAAGACCUCAACAUUUUACCUUUACCUUGCAUUUACCCCAUCAUUCACAGAUAAGGGAAAGUUUCUUUUAGCAGCACGAAGAUAUAGGCGUGGCUCUCACACUGAGUAUAUUAUAUCACUUGAUGCCGAUGACAUAUCCCAAGGAAGCAAUGCUUAUGUGGGAAAACUAAGCUCGGAUUUUCUGGGCACCAAUUUUACAAUCUAUGACAGCCAGCCACCGCAUACUGGUGCAAAGCCUGCAAGCAGCCGGUCUACCCGCCGUUUCGCAAGCAAGCAAAUAAGCCCCCAAGUUCCAGCAGGCAACUUUGAAGUUGGGCAGGUCUCUUACAAGUUCAACCUUCUAAAAUCAAGAGGUCCAAGGAGGAUGGUCUGCCCACUUAAUUGCCCAGCAUCAGGUGAAACUGCAAUUGGUAAACCUUUGGAAAAAUCCGAGAUGAAGAAACCAGAAUCUACCAGUUCUGGCUACACCGUCUUGAGGAAUAAAGCUCCAAGAUGGCAUGAUCAGUUGCAGUGCUGGUGUUUGAAUUUCCAUGGUCGGGUCACAGUAGCAUCAGUGAAGAACUUUCAACUGGUUGCGACAGUGGACCCAAGCCAGCCAGGGGGGAAAGGAGAUGAGGAAACGGUUCUUCAGUUUGGAAAAGUGGGUGAUGAUACAUUUACGAUGGAUUAUAGGCAGCCCUUGUCAGCCUUCCAGGCAUUUGCUAUUUGCCUUACCAGCUUUGGCACAAAACUGGCUUGUGAGUAAGAUAAUUUCUUUUGUUUCUUUUAUCUUUUAUUUAAGAAGCUGGUGCUGGUGCCUUUGGAUGUUUCCAUUUAUGCGCUCCACUCUACAUAAAGAGAAUUCAAUGGUUAUGUUUCGAUCGGAGGAUGCUUAUAUUGUAAAUGUUGCUUUUGUAUGAUUAUGCCAUGGGUUGCUGUUGAAAUCUUC